CUGACUGGUCAUUCCACUUGGUGUGUUGCAGACUUCACGAAAUGAAACUGUGGGUUUGUGUUUUUUCCCCCUGCCAUUAAAAUAAUUCAUAAUAGCAGAUGUCAUCACUCCCAAAAAAAAUGAGUGACGGAUGAAAAGAUUUCAUCAGUUAUUUCUGGCAGUUGGAGUCCUCUUGAAAAGGGGAACCCAGGGGUAAAACUGACACUAUUCAGUAAUCACUCAAGAAAUCCAUACUUUGACAGAAGAGGAAGCUACUGUACAAUCAAAAAAAUGAGCAAAAAUACCAACUUUCGACACCACAAGAUGGGUGGCCAUGAUGCAGAAGAGCUGAAGAACUUCUGGGAAAAAGUCAUCGAAAAGCAAACUAAGCAACGAGAAGGUGAAGAGUCUAGGUUAAGCAAAAGUGCCCUGAACAAGCUCCGCCACGAAUGGACUCUGCAGCUGGAAGGCCGAGCAAGGCAGGUCCAGGCGCACACAAAAACACAGAAAGGACAGAUGACGCUGCUGCCCAUCGAAGCUCUUCCCUCACCAGAUAAAACCGCUGGUUGAAGUUACUGUGAAAAAAACAGGAAGCAUCAGGCCUGACUCUGACCUUCUGCAUUCACCUAUAAACCAGCAGUUAUGCUGCUGGACAAGCAAAAGGUCAGAAUCUGGCCAUUUUCCAGACUGCUUAUUGGAGCUACUAAUAAAGUCCUACUGAAAUUCAGUGCAAGAAUAAGGCCAAAGUAAAUGAUCUUGGAAAAAAUGCAAAGGGAUAGAUGAGAAGCAGACACCCUUAAUUCUCCAUGAUAUAUUAUUACUGCAAUGCAGUAGGACUUUCUUAUGUAACUCUGUAUUUCCAAGUGACAACGACAUAUUUGUAGAAAAGAGGAUCACUUAUUUAAUAGCAAUAAUACAUUCAGACGGCUGCAUGCAAAAUUGCGCAUUUCCAUUUACAGAGCUCACAGAGUCUGGCUUAAUGCAGAUAGAAGAUGUUCUGCCUGUCUUGAUGAGCCACAGUGAAGGGAAUUAAGGAUUAGUCUGAUCAGCUCGACAGAAGGAGAAAUGUAUUCUUUAAUGAAAUCGGGGGGAAAAAAAGAAUGAGCUUUUCUGAUCAACAUAUAAGAAAAUUUACAGAUCUUAAUCAUUAAAUGAGCAGAGGAAAGGAUUUUCACUUUCAUGGGGGAAGUAAGACUCCUGAGGUUAUUAUGAACAAGUCUGAGAAAUGUCAGAGCAAGUGACUAUGAAAGGAAGCCUGAAAUAAAACGCAGUGAAUCAGUUCAUCAUAACAGCACGGGAAUGCUUUGCAAGGUAUCGCUUGCUAUACCUGGUGUGCACUAAUCCAGAUACUUGCUGCAUUUCAUCUUCUUCUAGGUCAGGUAAAGUACAGGGAAGAGUAACAAAACACAGGGUAAUAAUAGUGUCUUCUGUUUACCUAUAUAUCUGAGCGUUUAAAUACUGUAUUGCUUUUGAAAACGUACUUGUUAUCUCUUCAGUUAAUUUCUUCAAUAAGCAAGAGAAGAGUCAUAAAUCUAAACAACUAUUUUUCUCUAACAAUAUUGAGCCAGGUGGAAUUUUACCUUGCAUCUUUGUUUAUACUGAAGAAGUAGAUAGGAAUACAAUUGAUAAAUUUUGAAAGAAAACAAAAAUUAAAACAUUUUGACUCAAUAUAAAUACCUUUUUAUCCUUUUAAAACAACAUUUCAUUAAAACCACAAAAUUUUACAGAAUGUUCCCACCUUUUCAUAGGGACAUUCUCCCACAGAAAAAGAAAAAAAAAGAAAAAGUCACAAAAAUGUUGUUAUCCCAUGAAGGAUUAAAACAAUUAAAACCUUGCAAAAUGUUCUUUGGUUAUUGAAAACUGGAAGGAGUGUAGAAUCAGUCUCUUUUCAUAUAAACCAACCCAAAAAGCAAUUGUUUCUUCUAGUGUUUGUUUUUGUUUUGUUUUUUUCAUUAGGGAAGCAAUGCUGAAAAAUAAUAAAGUUGUAGCUGUUUUUUCCUUUGCAGACUGGUCUCUUUCCUCUGU